AUGGACUUCGAAAUCGUUGAACAUGAGACUGAGGCUCCCCAAGAGCCUGUGAUUCCUAAGGAACCGUCGGCACACACCACGGGAUUCCCGUCAGCAGCGAAUUUCAACCUGAAGCGGUCGAGAUGGUCGCGAGCUCAAUCACAGGCACUCAAGCCACAGCUGGCGGCUAAACCCCAACUGGAAGCGGAGAAGAUUCAUCAAGAGAACAUCGAUCGUAUUUCCAACAUGACCCAAGAGGAAGUUACCAAAGAGAAGGAAGAUCUUCUACGUGAACUUGAUCCGAAGUUAAUUCAGGCCCUUUUGAAGCGUACUGAAAACCGCGUGAAUGAACUAGCUGAGAAGCCCGAAACCGCUUGGAAUGGGAGUGUCCGUACCAACAAUGGUCUUCAAGAAUUGAGUUCGCUCGAUGCUAAGGACGUUGAUCGUGCCUUGGGGGUGAAAGAGCUCCCUGCUGAAUUACAAUCAGGUUCAUCAGCAUCGAACCAGUCGUCUUCACAAAAAAAAGUGAAGUUUGACGAUGUCGCCACUGUCAAUUACGAAGACCUUGAUGAAGAUAUUGAGUUACCAGAGGAUGGCUGGGAAGAUGUUGAAGACCUACAUGAAAUGGUACCCAAUCUGGUCGCGCCAAAGGACUAUCAGCUUGUCGAUGAGGAUCAGGGGAAGACCACUGUUCACUUCCCACAACCUAAACAAGAUGAUGAUCUUGACAUUAAUGACCCUGAGUUUUACGACAAACUCCAUGAAAAGUACUAUCCCAACCUCCCAAAGGAAACGGAAAAGCUUUCGUGGAUGACUACGCCCAUGCCAGAGAAAAUCGCUUCCUCAUAUGAACUGAUUAGUGAUAUGAGAUUCGAUUUUAAUGGGGAUCUUGUCGAUUUGGAACAAAGUGGCGAAAUCCCUACAUACAAAGGUCUUCACCACCACUCAGAAAACCCCCAUAUGGCGGGCUAUACCCUAGGAGAAUUGGCUCACUUGGCACGCUCGGUGGUUCCGAGUCAACGAGCUAUUGCCAUUCGAACUCUAGGACGGAUAUUGCAUAAGUUGGGAAAACACAAGUAUAAUUUCUUGCCAGUCGAAGAUGAUAGCAAUAAUCCUAUUCAGCAAGAGAUGGUAUCGACUUUCGAAGAUAUGGUUUGGCAAGUGAUUGAUGAGCUUAGAAUCAUUGAGUCGUUGACGGAAGCGCUGAAGCUGCCAAACUUGACUGUGAGCAAUUACGCCAUUGAAGCUCUUUGGCUCUGGAAGGAAGGGCGCCAAGAUGAGAAAGAGAAUACCGAGAAGAAGGAAACAUCAUAG